CCUCUUCAUUUCCCCAAAGAUCCAGAGAAUUGGCGGGAAGAGAGACCUGAGGGAGGCUACUGGCGAUGGGCCCGUCGAUGCCACCGAGCCCGGGUGGGACCCGGUGUGGGCCGACGAGGAGGAGUGGGAGAUUGUGAAGGAGGAGAUCAAGGAGGGGAGGGAUCCUGCGAUUGCGCCGUUUUAUCUUCCUUAUAGGAAGUAUUAUCCUGUGAUACCUGAUAACCACCAUGACAUUUCGACGCCCAAGUCUGUGAUCGAGGAGCUGGAUAGGAUUGAGGAGUUUCUCAAGUGGGUUAGCUUCGUUUUCCCCGACGGAAGCUCGUAUGAAGGAACUGUUUGGGAUGACUUGGCUCAUGGGAAAGGUGUUUACGUUGCUGAAGAGGGACUUGUUAGGUAUGAAGGAGAGUGGCUUCGGAACGAAAUGGAAGGGCAUGGUGUUGUUGAAGUGGAGAUUCCUGGAGUGGAGCCUGUACCAGGAUCAAAACUUGAAGCUAAGAUGCGUGCAGAAGGCAGAAUCAUAGCUAGAGAUUUCAUGUCCCCAGAAGAUAAAAAGUGGUUGGAGAUGGACAUAGAAGAUAGUGUUCUUCUAGCUGGUAAUCUUAAAGAAUUUCCUUUCUAUGAAAGGGAGGGAUGGCUUAAGGUUUUUGGUCACAAACCAGAAAAAGGUCGAUAUAGAUAUGCUGGGCAGUGGAAGCAUGGGCGGAUGCAUGGCUGCGGUGUAUAUGAAGUCAACGAGCGAAUUAUAUAUGGUAGAUUCUACUUUGGAGAACAUUUAGAAGACUCAACAGGGUGUGAUUCAGAUGUGUCGGCGUUGCAUGCUGGCAUUGCUGAAGUUGCUGCUGCGAAGGCACGGAUGUUUAUUAACAAGCCUGAUGGAAUGAUAAGGGAGGAGAGAGGCCCCUAUGGGGACCCACAACAUCCAUAUUUCUAUGAGGAAGAUGACGUGUGGAUGGCUCCUGGUUUUGUAAGCCAAUUUUAUGAGGUUCCAGAUUACUGGAAGACAUAUGUUCAAGAAGUUGAUCAGGAAAGGGAGAUGUGGUUGAAUUCCUUUUAUAAAGCACCACUAAGAAUUCCGAUGCCAGCGGAGCUUGAGUAUUGGUGGUCUAAAGAUGACGGUCCAGAAUUUGUUCUCAUCAAUAAGGAGCCUGAGCCUGAUCCUGAAGACCCAACAAAACUUAUUUACACAGAAGACCCUCUUAUUGUUCACACUCCUACCGGAAGGCUGAUCAAUUUUGUGGAGGAUGAAGAACAUGGUGUUCGCUUAUUCUGGCAGCCUCAUUUGGAAGAAGGAGAAGAUGUGGACCCUGAAAAAGCUGAGUUUUUACCUCUUGGGUUUGAUGAGUUCUAUGGACGAGCUGAACCAGGUGCAAAAAAAGAGAGCACAUUGGGGAGUAUGAUAUCAUCAUUGGAGAAUAAACUAAACCCACUUUUUGAGAGGUUGGAUAACUGGAUCGAGGAGAAAAAGAAAGCCAGGGAGAUGAAUAAAGAACUUGUAGAAAAGGAGCUUGAGUUUAUUGAAGCUGAGAUAUGUCUUGAAGAGGCAUUGGAAGAUAUGGAGAAUGAGCUGAAGUUGAAGCAGAAAGAGGAAGAGAAGAGAGUUGUCCCUGAGAAGGAUAGUGAUCGGGUGUCGGCUGAAGGUGGUGAGGAUGAAGCAGAUUCGGAGGAUGAGGAUGAGGAUGAAGGGGCUCCCACUAGCUUUGGUACGGUUGGUCAAAAUGAGGGUGAAGAUAAGCCAGGGAAAACUCCUUUUUCCUCUCUAUCAAUGUCGCUAGCCUCUCAUAAUUUAGUUCCUACGAUUCCACCCAAGUUACAAGAGUCCUUUAUAUCUUGGAAGGAAAGCAGAAAGUUGUGUACUGACAUUUUUUCUCCUCAAAAGAUUGAAAAUUUGUCAGGCCAUGCUCAGCAAAACAUUGGCAUGGUGAAGUUUUCCUGUUCACAUGUGCCACGUGCAAAUAUGAGAGCUGCUGUGCGAGGAAAGCUAGGUCGUCGCAAGAGAAACAACAAUGGAUAUCAGCAAUUAAACUCUUUAGCUCGGCUUCUUUCAUCUCAGCAAGCUUGCGAGGCUUCACAAUUGAACCUGAGCAAAGAAUACGAUGCUUAUGAUAAAAAUCUGAGCAUACUAUCUAUGCAUGUGCCUGUUACAGAGAUCUUUACUGUAUCGUGAAAUAUUGAUAUGGGGUUAUGUCAGUAUUCUUUUGGACUUCCGGUAAGAUACAAGAAAAACUCGAGUGAGGAAAGAGCAGAAGUGCUCGAGGCAUUUCUGUCAGUCUUGUCAUGUAUUGUGUUGGAUCUUUUGUGCUUGUAGGAAUCCACAGUAACUGAAAGUUUUGGCUGGGUUCAUUGUCAUUUGCUCAGA